UAACUGCCAAUAAAAUGAGAUGAGCCGCUUGUGCGUGGAGUGUAAAUGAGUGGACUUGGUGCAAGUUGGGACAACAUGGCUGAGAACAAGGAGGAAGUGAAAUAUUACCGACUAGAAGAGUUGAAGCAGCAUUGCAAUGGCAACAGCGCGUGGAUUCACAUUAAUAACCACAUAUACGACGUGACCAACUUUCUGGAUCAGCAUCCUGGCGGAGAAGAAGUGCUAAUAGAACAAGCAGGAGGUGAUGCUACAGAAGCCUUUGAAGACGUUGGACAUUCCAAGGAUGCACACGAAAUGACCAAACAGUACCUCAUAGGAGAGCUGCACCCUGAUGACAGAGAUGCUUUUGAAACGCUGAAGAACCCAGUUGUUGUUACAGAGACAUCUGAAUCAAGCUGGUGGUACGGUUGGAUAAUCCCCGCAAUAGCCGGAGUGACUGCGGCUUUCUGGUACCGGAUUUUUGUGGCAGAUUAAUGAACACGACACAUGAAGGAAAUAUUGGCACCACUUUGCAUUGAUUGAUUAAAAGCAAAAUUGAUUGUUACAAAUCAGUUUUAAGACAAAAAUAGAAAUAUUACUUUCACUAAAGAGAUUACAGGGUAGAAAUUGUUUUUUGCAUGCUCAUUGCUGGCAUAAAAUGCAUGGCAUGUCAUCACUGGGGAAAGAUUUGCCAUUUCGGUUCGAAUUGCCCACUUGCACCCAUUGCCCAAUCUAACCUUCACUCAGGAACCCACCCAGGACCACUGCUGGUAGCCCAAGAUUUUCUUUUUAUGGGUAAAUAAAUCAUGAUUGGUGCUGGCAGUUUGGCCAGGAAAUAAUGAGGAAACUGAAGGGAUAGUUUUGCACCUGAAAUUCUAUCAAAUAAUAGGAUCCCAAUAUAGAUUUUUCCCCUCUGCAGUGGAUGCAAACCAUACAAACACUGCCCCGACUUGCGUAAGGGUUACAUUCCAUAAACCAUUAUGCAAGUCAGGUUUUGCGUGAGUUUUUAAGUCGGGAUCGCCUUAAAACUAGAUAGAAACGAAGAACUGCAGAUGCUGGUUAAUACACAAAAUGGCACAAAGUGCUGGAGUAACUCAGCAGAUGAGACGGUUCUCUAGAGAACGUGGAUAGGUGACAUUUUGGGUCAGGACCUUUCAUUAGAUUGUUUCAGUCUGCUGAGUUACUCUAGUUUCACUUUAAAACUAGGCUUCAUUGCUGCUGGUCUGCACCAGCGAGACCUGCAUCACCACCUCUUGUGCCGUCCUAUUGAUGCGGCUGUUGCAGCUGACAUUAUAGCCGCUGGCCGUACAGCAGUUUCCUCAGGCCGCUGCCACCAACAGGAUGUGCUUGGUCACCGGCUCACCAGUCCGCUCACCAGCUGCUGCUUUUUCCUGUUGGCCAUUGCUUUGUCCACUCUCUCCUCCUCCCAACGCUUUGCCACUCCACUGUUCCCCUCCCCCCUGGAGAAAGCGCUGUCGGCCGGGGGCUACAAUGUGAGUCGCAUCAAUAGCCGCGUCAAUCGAACAGUGAGGCAGCUGGUGAAGGCGAGCUUGCUGGUGCACAUUGUGGAAGAUGGUUUUGGUUCGGCUGAGAGUUGCUAUCCACCACCUCCCUCGUUCUUGCUCGCCUUCCCAUUGUCACACCAACAGUGGCUGUAACUGGAAGAGCAAUGAGCCCGGGUGACACUUUUAUAUCCUGUAUAUAUCAUAUAUUUUACAUAUGAAGCUGACUGGAAGGUCUCGCCAUCCUUCCAUUGCAAUACACAGGUUAUUUAGAAAACAGGACCAUCCAAUGUGAAUUGUUUAUGUAAGUGCGCGUUUAUGUAACUCGCCUGUUAUGUAAGUCAGAGAGUGUAUUUGUUCUGGUAUAAUUGAUUUAGCUAGCUGGACCAUGCUUGCAUGGUUAUUCUCUGCAUGUGUCUUCCAUUUGCAGUUGACUCUUCCCGUCCAGUGGCCCAAAUUUCUCAAAUCCCCUUCAUUCAUGAUAAGCAAUUAUUUCUUUGAUAUGUCCCCGCCUCUUCCUUUAUUCUUCCCGCCCUCCCCCCACCCCACACCCACAUCAGUCUGAGGAAGGGUCUCAACCUGAAACGUCACCUAUUCCUUCGCUCCAUAGAUGUUGCCUCACCCGCUGAGUUUCUCCAGCAUUUUUGUCUACCUUCGAUUCUUCCAGCCUCUGCACUUCUUUCUUAAACAUUUCUUUAAAAUAUGAAAGUUAGCGGCAUUGCAAAGUAGAAAAUAGGUCCAGACUUGUACCUUUUUAUUUCUGAAUAUUGCUACCAUGCAGAAUUUUCAUUUUUGCCUUAUAAUCUGAACCUUGCCACUCACAUAUGAUUUUGAUAUAAACAAAUUUUUAAUAUACAAUUUUUCUAAACAAAAAUAUAGCUCAGUGAUGCUCCCCAGGAAA